AGCGCCUGCAUCCAAACCUUCAUGUUUGGAAGGUUGUCUUGGUUUAUGGUGGUCCAAAAAGAAGGGCUGCUUGUUCCCAAGCUUAGGAGUCGGUAAUGGGCGCAUACUUUGAGAAACUCGAUUCAAAAUCUUUUGCCGUGUAUUCAAUAGCGUUACAGAUGCAAAUAACAAAACUUGGUUUGUCAAGAGAAGAUAUCGAAAUUUUGAGCGAUUACAUUGGCAUCUUAAAGAUAUUCCUAACUAUACACUGCACCUGCCUCCCAAACAAAUAUUUUCGUCAAGCACAGAGGAUGCUUCUGUUCACCAACGUUGCAUUCAGCUUGACAAAUAUUUGCAGGAGCUAUUAUCAAUUGCAAAUGUUGCCGAGCAGCAUAAGUAUGGGAUUUUUUAAGUGUUUCCUCAAAGAACUAUUCUUUUGGAAAAUCUCCCCCACUAUGAGAACACUAGCAGUCAAUGUGGAUGAUGCUGUGGAUGAUAUUGUACGCCAGUUUAAAGGGGUCUCAGAUGGUUUCAUGCGCAAAGUUGUUGGUUCAACUUCACCCUCUGAUAAAGCCUGUGCCUCGUCAAACUAUGAUCAGAAGUUGUCUUUUAAUUCAAACGAGUUACGCAAACACGUUUCUGCGCAGCAUUAUUUAGAAGAAGCUAAUAACAUGUCUGAUGAGGAAGGUGAGAGACUUGGAAGUGAAAACCAUGAAAAAGUUCGUGGAUGGCAUUCGGACACUGAAUUAAACUCCAAGAGUUUUCCUCCUCGUGUGAUCAAACGGGGCGAAGAGUCAGAUAACUUGGUUGUUGACAAGAAAAAUGAUCUAGAAUUGAGGUCUGGAGCCAGCGAUGGAGGAUUUUCUCAAACUUCAUACCAUAUGGAAGAUCCAGAAGGAAUGCCACCAGAGGGACGGGCAAAGGACAUGCUGGAUUGAAAUAAAGAUAUAUUUGUGCUAGUGCUACUGAAAGUAAGCUUGAAUCCUCAAUUGUCCACCUCUUUGCACCAUUAUUUUCACUGGAAGUCACCUCAGCAGUAAUCUGAACAAUAUCAUUUCUCCCCAUUUCCUGAUUGUGAGCGGAUCUGGUAAACUGCAAGAAAUUGUGGGACAUUCCGUUCAAGAAACUGUAUUGUUAUUGUGAUUGAUUUACUGGAGUGGGCAUGUACAAAUCACCUCUAAGUUAUUCUGAUUAGGAAAAGUUAAAGAUUUGAGUUA